AUGGCACCCAAUUUCAAGAAGAUUAAGGUGUUCAGCCAUAAGAAGGAGACAGCUCCGUCUAACUAUAUCGACUCUACACUCGAUGGGUCUUCAACCGAACAUGACCUAGAGGCGGGUAGUUUCUUGACUGAGGCUCAAAGGAAUAAUGCGGUCAACAAUAACAAUCACGGCGACAACCCGUACUUAGACGAGUACAAAGCUUUGAUUCGUUAUGUUGAUACGUACAGAGAUCCCCAUGCGGAAGUGGGGGAGGAAGACUUUUCCGAACAAGAACAGAAGAGGCCAUGGUGGGCAUUCUGGAGGGGUGGCAAGAGUGGCUAUGCUCGCGCGUCUCUGAGUGACUUUGAGACGCCGAGUGACUGGUUGAACACAGACAUCAGAGAGGGUCUCUCAUCGAUGGAAGUCGAACGGAGACGGAAAUUCUCUGGGUGGAAUGAGUUGUCUUCUGAGAAGGAGAACAUGUUGAUCAAGUUCAUCGGUUUCUUCCGCGGUCCUGUCCUAUACGUGAUGGAAGUUGCAGUUAUCAUUGCUCUGGCUAUGGAAGACUGGCUCGAUGGCGGUAUCAUUAUUGGUAUUCUGCUGCUGAACGCUGUCGUCGGUUGGUACCAAGAAAAGCAGGCUGCCGACGUUGUCGCCAGUCUGAAGGGAGAUAUUGCCAUGAAGGCACGUGUCGUCCGCGACGGCCAGGAGAAGGAGAUCAGAGCCAGGGAGCUAGUACCAGGUGACAUCAUUAUCAUUGAAGAAGGCUAUGUCGUUGCGGGUGACGCUCGUCUUAUCUGCGAAUACGACAACCCCAACGGACAGGCUCAGUACCAAGCGGAACUUUCAGCUCAAGAUGUCACAUCGCCGCGCCGGGAGAAAUUUGAAGAAGCUGAAGAGGAGGGAACUCCCCAUGUGGGCCACGCAAUCGUUGCCACCGACCAGAGUGCUAUCACCGGUGAAUCCCUUGCUGUUGAGAAGUACAUGACCGAUACCGUUUACUACACUACUGGUUGCAAGCGUGGCAAGGCAUACGCCGUGGUCACCUCUGGCGCACAGGCUUCGUUCGUGGGAAAGACUGCUAGCCUCGUUCAAGGAGCUAAGGACUCUGGUCACUUCAAGGCUAUCAUGGACUCUAUCGGUAGUACUCUGCUCGUUUUGGUCGUCUUCUGGAUCCUCACUGCAUGGAUUGGUGGAUUCUACCGCAACCUCCACAUCGUCUCUCCAGAAGAAAGCUCAAACAACCUGUUGACCUACGCGCUAAUUCUACUAAUCAUCGGUGUCCCCGUUGGUUUGCCCGUCGUUACCACCACUACCUUGGCUGUUGGUGCCGCAUACCUCGCUAAGGAAAAGGCCAUCGUACAGAAGCUGACAGCUAUCGAGUCGCUCGCUGGUGUCGACAUUCUCUGCUCCGAUAAGACUGGUACUCUAACGGCCAAUCAGCUUUCCGUCCGAGAACCUUUUGUGAUGGAAGGUGUUGACAUCAACUGGAUGAUGGCUGUUGCUGCUUUGGCUUCGUCUCACAACAUCAAAUCCCUCGACCCCAUCGACAAAAUCACUAUUCUUACUCUUAACCGUUAUCCUAAGGCGAAGGAGAUGAUUAGCGAGGGCUGGAAGACUGAGAAAUUCACCCCUUUCGACCCUGUUUCUAAAAGGAUUACUGCUAUAUGCACUCACAACGGUGUACGAUAUACUUGCGCAAAAGGUGCGCCCAAAGCUGUACUGGCAUUGACGAACUGCGACGAACAACAAACUGCCCUCUUUAAGGAAAAGGCCACUGAAUUUGCUCGCCGUGGCUUCCGUUCCCUUGCUGUUGCUGUUCAGGAGGAAGAUGGCCCAUGGGAAAUGCUCGGCAUGAUCUCUCUUUUCGACCCUCCCCGUUCCGACACUGCUCAGACUAUCGCUGAGGCUCAAGCUCUUGGUCUCUCUGUCAAGAUGCUUACUGGUGACGCUAUCGCUAUUGCUAAGGAGACUUGCCGCAUGCUUGCUCUAGGCACGAAAGUCUACAACUCUGACAAGCUACUACACAGUGAUAUGGCUGGUACCGCGAUCCAUGACCUCUGCGAGAGGGCUGAUGGCUUUGCAGAGGUAUUCCCCGAACACAAAUACCAGGUAGUUGAAAUGCUUCAACAACGAGGUCACUUGACGGCUAUGACUGGUGAUGGUGUCAACGACGCCCCGUCAUUGAAGAAAUCGGAUUGUGGUAUCGCCGUCGAAGGCGCUACUGAGGCUGCCCAGGCCGCUGCUGACAUCGUGUUCCUCGCGCCAGGCCUCAGCACUAUCGUCUCAGCUAUCAAGAUCUCCCGGCAAAUCUUCCAGCGCAUGAAGGCUUACAUCCAAUACCGUAUUGCCCUCUGCUUGCAUCUUGAGAUCUACUUGGUUACCACUAUGAUCAUCAUCAACGAGACUAUCCGUGCGGACCUAAUUGUUUUCUUGGCUCUAUUCGCUGACUUGGCUACGAUUGCUGUUGCUUACGAUACUGCUCACUACGAAAAGCGACCGGUGGAGUGGCAACUACCUAAGAUCUGGAUCAUAAGUGUUGUCCUCGGCACUCUACUUGCUCUCGGUACCUGGAUCCUUCGCGGCACGCUCUGGCUCCCCGGUGGCGUUAUCCAGGAAUACGGCAGCGUGCAAGAAAUCAUCUUCCUUCAGGUAUCGCUCACAGAGAACUGGCUCAUCUUCGUCACGCGUGGCUUUGAGACAUAUCCUUCGUGGCAACUAGUCAGCGCGAUUUUCGGUGUCGAUAUCCUUGCGUCUCUCUUCGCUGCCUAUGGUUGGUUCUCGGGUGGCCAGGGCGAGCCCUCCAGCAUAAUGUCGUUCUCUUCUAAGCUAUCUGAGAACGGCUCCACGGAUAUCUUGACCAUCGUUGUCGUCUGGAUAUACUCAAUUGCAUGUGUCAUCGUCAUUGCCAUCGUCUACCAGAUGAUGACUCGUAUGCAGAGUCUCAACGACCUCGGCCGAAAGAAGAGAUCGGCCCAAGAUACCAUGAUGGAGAACAUCCUUACACAUCUAAGUAAGGUUGCGCUAGAGCAUGAGAGGGAUGAGAAGGGUGACCGCUUUUACAUUGCACAGAAGCAAGUGGUCGAGGAAGAGGAAUAG